AUGGCCUCCCGCGCAACCGUUUCGAUCUUCGGAGCUGAUGGCUCGGCCAGUGAUGCCACCCACMCUCUCCCAAAUGUGUUCCGCGCACCCAUCCGGCCAGACAUCGUUCAGGCUGUGCACACCGGUGUCGCAAAGAACAAGCGUCAGCCAUAUGCUGUGAGCGAGAAGGCCGGUCACCAGACCAGUGCUGAGUCGUGGGGAACUGGUCGCGCUGUCGCCCGUAUUCCUCGUGUCUCUGGUGGUGGUACUCACCGUGCCGGUCAGGCUGCCUACGGUAACAUGUGCCGUUCCGGACGCAUGUUCGCACCCACCAAGGUCUGGCGCAAGUGGCACCAGAAGAUCAACCUUGGCCAGAAGCGUUUCGCCACUGCCUCUGCCAUUGCUGCAUCUGCCAGUGCUUCUCUCCUCCUCGCCCGUGGUCACCGUGUGAUGACCGUCACCGAGGUCCCACUCGUCAUCAACUCGACCGCUUUCGCCGAGGGCGCUCUCAAGAAGACCUCCGCCGCUGUCAAGCUGCUCGAGGCUGUCGGUGCCGGCCCAGAACUUGAGAAGGUCAAGAACUCGCGUAAGCYCCGCGCCGGAAAGGGUAAGCUCCGCAACCGCCGCAACGUCCAGCGUCGUGGACCCCUUGUCAUCUACGAGCCAGAGAAGGAUGGCAACACCCUUAUCAAGGCUUUCCGCAACAUCCCAGGUGUCGAGACUUGCCCCGUCUACGCCUUGAACCUCCUCCAGCUCGCACCAGGUGGUCACCUCGGACGUUUCGUCAUCUGGACCUCGUCUGCUUUCGCCGCCCUGGACACCAUCUACGGCAGCACCACCGAGCCAUCUGCGCUCAAGCGUGAUUUCCUCAUCCCCACCAACGUCAUGGCACAGCCUGACCUCGCCAAGCUCAUCAACAGCGCCGAAGUCCAGUCUGUCCUCCGCCCAGUCAAGGGUGGCGCCGUCUCCAAGCGUGGUGUUGUGCAGAAGAAGAACCCUCUCAAGAACAAGCAGGUCCUGCUCCGCCUCAACCCAUACGCCAAGGCCUACUCAUCAGAGGGUCACGGACACGUCAAGGAGGCCGCAAGCAAGAACCAGAAGGAUGCUUCUUUCGCUCCUACUUUGAUGGAGAACUAG